AUCCUCCAGAGCGAAACACUGCAAAUUUCCCAAUUCGUUCUCUGUUCUUAUUUCCUCUGUUUCCUCUGUUUCCUCUGUUCUUAUUUCCUCCGUCUUCAUCAGCAAAUUGCUCCACGCAUUCAAGAUCAAAAUCCAGUUAGAAUUGUAUCUAAUUUGUAUUCGUAUCUAUUCAUACUACGUACUUCGUAGCAGUUUACAGGAAGAAAGAACGAAAGAAGAAGCACCACAACCGAUUCCUUGGAAUCUUUCUCAGUUCAUCGAAACCGAGUCGGUCCGCUUGUUCUUGAAGUUCUUCCUGUAAAUUCAAGUCGUUUUUCAUUUCUUGCUUCUUGUUCUUGAAUGGAAUCGGCGGACAAUCCGAAGUCGGUGAUACCUUCUGGGGAAGUGAAUAAUGGGGUAGAAAAAGCAGUGGUUCCCGAUCAAACAAACAGUGUUCAGUACACAACAAAACCCGAUAGCUUCAUCAUCGAUCUGGACAGCUUUUCCAGUAGUACCACCAAGGAAAUUUCUCAGUCUUCAAGCAUUUCCAGGAAUUUUAGCAGAAAAGGUACGUUGCGUGGCGGAAACAAAAUCGGGCAAGAUCAUGGUGCUGCUGAUGACACACAGGAGUCCAUGUCCCCAAUAGGCGGUGUGGUACUUGGAGCGGCUAGCACGCUCGAAAAGCAGGCGGUGGUGAUGGGGUUGGGGUCCAGAGAAGAACUGGGCGGUGGUGGAAAUGGUAGCGGCGCACUGAGCCAUGAGAUUGCGAAAUCGACCGCCCACGGUGGCAGCGGCACGGAAAGACUGAGCUUUAGAAGAAGCAGCUUUAAGCGAUCUUCACAAGCUUGCAGCUGGUACUUGGACCCCAGGAAGAUUUUUAUGUUGUGCGCCACACUGUCGUGCUUGGGAACCAUGGUGCUCAUAUACUUUGCGUUUUCAUCUGGAAUGUUGAAUGGAGGAGAAAGCGAGUUAGAGUUAGAUUGAUAUAGAGGUCAACACAAGAACCCCAAACAUUUGGGUUACAUUUUUUGCUGAUAAAUAAAGUAUAUAUAAAUGUUGAAUUU